AUGUGUACAAUCAAAUUGACUCGAUGUUUCACAUUAGGAACUGGUUUGAUUUGGUUUAUUCAUAGUAUUAUAUAUGGUCUUUUUCUCAAUGUUAAUCCAUCACUUGGAUGUGUCAUUACAAAUCCUACAAUGACACUCUAUUCAUCAUGGUUUUUCUAUCCAGUUUUGUAUGGUCCUUUGCCAAUUCUUAUUGCAUCAUUAUCUAGCUUAUUUGCUUUUAACAAUGUUCGUCGUAUUGUUCGUCGACAAGUACCGAUUGUUCGUCGCCGACUCGAUCAACAAAUGACAGCUAUGGUAUUAAUGCGUGUAGUUUUUUUUGUCAUUUUUACAUUGCCAUACGCUAUUUAUCGCAUCUAUACUAUCAAUAUUCCGAAUCCACAAUCGAAUGUUUUGCAUUAUGCAAUCAGACAAUUACUUCAAGCAUUUUUCACUUCAUGGACUGGUGUAAAUUUUGCAGUCACCUUCUAUAUUUUUGCCGCUUCAUCAGCACGAUUUCGUCGUCAAGUGAAAUAUCUAAUAAGAAAAUAUUGGCGACAAUGGAAACAUUGCUCUUUUUGUGCUGCUCAAAAUCAAGUUGGUCCUAUAAAUACAGUAUCGGGUAAUUCCGACAUUGAUCUGGAAUGA